CUAACUACAUGACUCUUCUUUGAUACUCAUCCAACCACUGUCUUUGUCCACAAAACCAUACUCAAAAUCAUUUGACACCAAAUCUCUCUUCUUUCAUCUCUUCUAUGAUCUUCUUUUACACAUAUAUUAUUGGUUCAUCAAAAUUCAAUAAAAGGGUCUAAGCCUAUUUAUAUGAUCAACAUGGAAACCGCAUGGAAUAAUGAUAAUGAUGAUGGCAUUGACAUGAUGGAUAAGUCUAGUCAUCAUCAUCAUUAUCAUCAUCAUGAUCAUGAUCAUCCACAUUCUUCCUUCACUGACCUACAUCAUCAUCAUCAUCACCAUCAUCAGGUCAUUGAUGAGAUGGAUUUCUUCGCUGAGAACAAGAACAAAAAUGAUAACAACAACAUCCAUGACAAUAUCCAAGAUGAUAAUGAUAAUAAUGAUCAUGAUCAUGAUGAAAUGGUGCACAGUUCUAUGGAGCUUCAUGUAGAUACUAGCUUAGAUCUUCGUAUGAAGAACACAGAUAGCAAUAGCUCAUCAAUGGAACCAUCAGAAACUAUGGAUGACAAGAAGAGUAAUGAUUUAGGAUUGCUAGCAGAAUUGCAACACGUGAAUGCUGAAAAUCAAAGAUUGAGAGAUCUUAUUGAAGAACUUAACAAUAACUAUAACACCUUACACAUGCAACUUAUCAACCUCAUGCAGCAAAGGGAUCAAAAUCAUGCGAUGAAGCAAGACAUAGAGGACAAAAGUAAGAAGGAAGAUAUGGUGGCAAGAACAUUCCUAGACAUGGGUGUUGCUGGCUUUGGUGAAAAGGAUAAUGAUCCUUCUCAACAAUCUUCAGAUAUCAAACUUGGAAGAGGAGAAAGCAAAAGCAUGGUUGAAUUGAUGGAACACUGCAAUAAUAAUAAUAAUAAU